GGCGGGGCUGUGGGCAGGGGGCGGGGCUGUCAGGAGGGCAGUCAGUGAGAGCGAGUGCCGGUUGGGGAUGAACGAGGUGGAGGGGCUGCGGCACCGCCGCCUGGACCAGCCCCGGGUCAUCAACGACGAGACUCCAGACACCGAGAGCAAACACGGCAGUACUGAUAGUGGGAAGGUGUUCCGAAUAACUCUGACCACUUUGGCUGUGACCAUUCUGACGCCGUUUCUGGGGGCAUCCCUGCUUCUGCAGUGUCCGAUAAACCCUCUGCCUCUCAGCUACAAAGAACCUCCACUGUUGACUGGGGCUUUGGAACCAAACCUUAAGCUAAGGGAAUCAGAGCGUCUUUUUGAAGGCCAGCUGGUUGGACCAGAAUCUAUUGCACACUUUGGAGAUGUGAUGUUCACUGGCACGGCCGAUGGCCAGAUUCUGAAAAUCCAAGAUGGGCAGAUCUACUCUGUGGCGAGGAUAGGCAAGCUGCCUUGUGGUACAAGAGAAGAUGAACCAACCUGCGGAAGACCUCUGGGUAUUCGGGUCGGCCCCAAUGGGACCCUCUAUGUUGCUGAUGCUUAUUAUGGGAUAUUUAAGGUUAAUCCACUCACAGGUGAAGUGGAGAUGCUGGUCUCUACCCAGAAGGUCAUUAAGGGCCGGAGGAUGGCUUUUGUGAACGAUCUCACCGUAACUCGUGAUGGAAGAAUGAUCUACUUCACAGAUUCCAGCAGCAAAUGGCAGAGAAGAGACAACCGCUACCUGGUGAUGGAGGGAACGGCUGACGGACGGUUGAUCGAAUAUGAUACAUUGACCAAACAAUUGGAGGUGCUCAUGGAUGAUCUGAGGUUCGCAAAUGGAGUCCAGCUUUCUCCAGCCGAGGACUACUUGUUGAUUUCGGAGACGACCAUGGCCAGAAUUAGAAGGUAUCAUACCUCGGGAUUGAGGAAGGGUGGCCAGGACAUAUUUUUUGACAAUUUGCCUGGCUUUCCUGACAAUAUUCGGCCGAGCAGCUCUGGAGGCUAUUGGGUGGGUAUGGCAAUUCUUCGCCCGAAUCCUGGCUUUUCUAUGGUGGAUUUCCUUGCUCCACGACCAUGGCUUAAGAAACUGAUUUUUAAGCUGUUCAGUCAGGUGACCAUGAAGUUUGUGCCCAAGUACGGCCUGGUGCUGGAGCUGGACGAAGAUGGCUCCGUGCGGCGAAGCCUCCACGACCCGCAUGGCGUUGUGGUGCCCUCUGUCAGCGAGGCCCACGAACACGAAGGGUACCUUUACCUGGGCUCUUACCAUGCUCCCUUCCUUUGCAGGCUGGACUUGAACAAGGUUUGACAUCGCUGCAGAGAGACGAGAGUGUUUCCCUUCCCCCUCCCCCUCCCAAAAUUCCUAGGUGAGCCCAGCUGAGAACAUCUGCAAAAUGCAGAAGCAGCACGUUUGGAAAGCUGAGGAACCUGACUUGCUGAAGGACCUUUCUUUAAUUCCUGCCUCCCAACCCGUUCAGCUUGGCCACCCCUCACCCCAAUCCCUGUUGAAAACGUGUGAAUGUUUAGGAAUAAUUGGCGUGUGUUCUCUGGAAAGCUCCAUGUUCCCCUGCAGGGAUUAUAACUUCAAAUAUGCUGAAGGGCUUGUGAUUCUGUCGAUUGUAAUUUCAAUUCCCUGCCUUGGGACAUGGAUAAGAAACAGAGAAACUCAUCUGCUGUAAUGUAUUACAAUUACAAUAUCCUGAUACUGUAGUUAUAACAUAGUAUACAAAUCCUGUGUGAUAUCAAUCCAAACCGUGCUGUUUUAGUUGCUGGGUGCCUGAUUCAGGGACACCCACCCACCCACAAAAUCAGACAAUUCACUUACAGUGUGAAGCGCUUUGAGAUGUCUCAUCCACAUAAAACGUCAUAUCAAAUGCAAGAAUUAUUAUCUUUAAGAGCAGUAUUCCCACAUCCUGAAUGGAGUAUUCCUCCAAUCUGAAUCCAGACUGUGCAAAUCAAACCUUCAAAUCUUGAAAAUAAAAGUUAAAAGGUUAAGAAGUUUGUUGAACUAGCCUUGAUGCUUUAAACACUGUAAAACGAUGAUGUGAUACAUAUCACACUUAGUGAGUUAAAGCUGCAAACGCACUGCAUUACCACAAUACUUAAUGGUAGGGGGGCUUAGCUUAUUUAUUUGUGGCAAUUCAAUGCUGUUAAUUAUUGACUAACUGCAUUUAUUAACAAUGUGAUAAUUAUGUCACAUUUUUCAAUCUUUUAUUGUAGAAUAAAAUUGUCCGCUGUCCUGGUCAGUGGGAGUUCUGCACACAUGUAGAGUCCCCUUUGAUUGCACUCAGUCCUGAGUGAGUGAUUUGAAGCUGAGUUUUUUCUAGUUGUGUCUCGCCCCACUGGAGGCUGCAUAUCAUAUUGGGUGGGGCCUCUCGUGCAAUUUUGAAGCAAGUUGCACAAAUUUUAAAGAGUGCACUUGGAACCUCACCUCCAAUAUGUUUCACUUACAGAGUUGUUCCCAUGGGUCAGAAGGAAAAUUAAUAGGAUUCUAUUUUUUUUGGAACAACAACUUGCAUUUAUGUAGCGUUCUCAUGAAGGGUAGCCUCCCAGAGCGCUUAAGGAGUAAAGGAAUCCUGUUAACAAAUGCCGUGAAUUAAACCCAUUCUCUGCCUCGUCAGAAUAAGGGUAAAAUGUGAAGAUCACACUUCAUUUCCCCUCUCCUAACCUCAAGUUAGUGUAUUUGACUGGGUAAGAAGGAUAUGCAGGCAUUGGAAGCAUUGAUUUUUGUUCCAGAUGGUGACCGCAGUAUUGGCUAGUGCGUCAAUUUGGCAUUGUCACUAUUGUAGUAUUUAAUGCUCCAUAUUGCACAGUUAGUGCUGUCUUUACUGUAAUGUACAACACAUUGCUUCUACCCUUCCAACUUGGGAGUAAUGGAUACUGAGUGUCUGAAUAGAUCAGUGUGACAUAUCUGGCCCAGCCUUCAAUUUCCCUCACCUUAAUGACCACAAAAAAGCUUAACUUUCUUCUGUUUGUUUUCAAAAAUAAAAAUUCUGAGAAUCUGCACUGAAUGAGAUUUCUAGCUUUGCUGUGCACUGAAAAAUAAAUGAAUAAGUGUG